AUGGUUCCUCGAGUGAGACCUAGACGGGUAGUUCAAAAGCCACCACUGAACCCCGUUGCUGCUGCUAUAGCGGCACUACAAGUACGAGGAGGACCUCCACCACCUUCACCCCCACCUCCACCGCCAGUUACACCACAUGUGCAGCAGCAGGUUGCACAUGCUGUUGGUCCCGUACAGAUUCUUGAGCCUGUUGUGAUGGGACAAGAAGGGUCAGGAGAGGCCCAUCAGGAGGCGGAGGCAUCUGUCCAUGAGGGACGAGUGAGGCAGCCAGUUAUUGAGGUUGAUAGAUCAGCUAUACCACCCAUGUUUGACCGGGAUACUAGAGAGUGUAUGUUGAAUGCUUUCAAGAAGCAUUCCCCACCUCACUACAAAGGUGGAAGAGAUCCCAUCCCAGCAUUGGAGUGGCUCCAAGAGAUGGAGCGCAUUUUUCAGGUUAUGGAAUGUGAUGCCAACACGAAGCUCCUAUAUGCAGUGUACAUGUUACAGGGGGACGCUGCUGACUGGUGUAGUAAUGUUAGAAACCCACUUGAGUGCCAAGGUUAUGCUAUUACUUGGCCGUUAUUUGAGAGGCAUUUUCUGAAGAAGUACUCCCCUGAAGAAGCCAGGGAAAGGAAGAAGAGUGAGUUUGAAGACCUCCGGCAGGAAGGCAUGACUGUGGAUAAAUAUCUGAGCAAGUUCAACCGCUUGGCAAAAUAUUCGUGUUAUGGUAGAGCUCCCCUCACGCCAGAAGACAAGGCCUUUCGAUUCAGGAAGGGUCUGAAUGAUAUGAUAGCAGACAAACUUGCUGGUCAUUGCACCAGAGAUUUUGUGGAGUUGAUCAAGCAGUGCCAGAAUAUUCAAGAGCACUAUUGUACCAGGGGAAAUGAAGCAGCGGGAAAGAGCUUCAGUGGGAGGACUACGCCCUGGAAGGGUAAGGGAAAAGGUUUGCAAGCACAGCAGAACUCCAAGUUUAAGAAGACUCCCUUUGUGAAGAAUGGAAGCAGAAUGUCUGGUGCAGGGAAGAUUCCCACUUGUGCCAAGUGUAGGAAGAUGCAUACAGGUGUUUGUCGACUGGGGCAGAAUAUUUGCUUCAGCUGUGGUCAGGCAGGACAUUAUUCCAGAGAGUCCCCCAAGAAGACGGGGCAAGUUGCAACCAUUCAGGCGAUCCCUAUUCAGUCCGUGCCUGCUCAGAGAGCCAUAGAGGAGCCUAUGGCGCCUACUAGUGCCAGGGUAUAUGCAGUGACACAGCAGGAGGCAGAGAGGUCUCCAAACCUUAUCAAAGGUACUAUUCUUAUCAGAGGAUAUGAAUUUGACACCAUGUUUGAUUCUGGAGCUACCCACUCCUUCAUAUCAGAAUUUGUUGCUAAUGGAUUACAUUUGCCCAUUCAUGAGGUCACGCCUCCCAUG